AGGAUUGCUUAUUUCUUUAAUAAUGAAUGUGAGUUUAAUUAAUCAGAAAUGGAAAACAGAAGAGUCAUUUUAGCAAAAAUUUUACCUGUGGAAAUACUGUCAUAUUAAAAAGAUCAGUGUUUUUAUAAAGGAAAAGAAUCUGAAAAAGAAAAACGUGUGUAACUGAGUCACUUUGGUCUUCAGCUGAAACACAACAUUGUAAAUUCACUAUACUUCAAAUGAAAAAGCAAACUGGACAAUGGCAUUUGAGUAGGUUUUGAGAAACGUCUGAAGUUUAGUGGACUGCAUCUACCUUCUGCCUUCUCCCCAUCCUUUACAAAAGAAUAAAUGGGAUGUUUCAGAAGAGAGCUGUUUUAAAAGAAGAGUGUUGCAAAUGGCUUCAGAAGCUGUGAAUGCAAAACAGGCUAGGAAUCGCUUCACAAAGGGGAAAAGACAACAGCAAAUAAAGAACAGAUCUUCACUUGGUGAUGGUGAUGCAGAAGACUCCUUUCUCUUUGAAGCAAAUGAAGCUUGGAAAGAUUUUCAUGGUUCUCUUCUUCAGUUUUAUGAAAAUGGAGAACUCUGUGAUGUCACACUGAAGGUUGGCUCAAAGCUAAUCUCCUGUCACAAACUGGCAUUGGCUUGUGUUAUUCCCUACUUCAGAGCCAUGUUUCUCUCUGAAAUGGCUGAAGCCAAGCAAACACUGAUUGAAAUAAGAGAUUUUGAUGGUGAUGCAAUAGAAGACUUGGUAAAGUUUGUCUAUUCUUCACGGCUCACUUUGACAGUUGACAAUGUCCAGCCUCUCUUAUAUGCAGCCUGUAUUCUACAGGUUGAACUGGUGGCUAGAGCUUGUUGUGAAUAUAUGAAGUUACAUUUUCAUCCCUCCAACUGUCUGGCGGUAAGAGCCUUUGCAGAAAGUCACAAUCGAAUAGACUUAAUGGACAUGGCGGAUCAGUAUGCCUGUGAGCAUUUUACUGAAGUGGUGGAAUGUGAAGACUUCGUAAGUGUGUCGCCUCAGCAUCUCCAUAAGCUUUUGUCCUCCAGUGACCUAAACAUUGAGAAUGAAAAGCAGGUCUAUAGUGCUGCCAUCAAGUGGCUUCUUGCCAAUCCUCAGCAUCAUCCCAAGUGGUUGGAUGAAACACUUGCACAGGUUCGUUUGCCGCUGUUGCCAGUUGACUUUCUCAUGGGUGUUGUGGCAAAAGAACAGAUUGUCAAACAAAAUCUAAAAUGUAGAGAUUUAUUAGAUGAAGCAAGAAAUUACCACCUUCACUUGAGUAGCAGAGCAGUACCUGACUUCGAAUACUCUAUUCGGACUACCCCAAGGAAACAUACUGCUGGUGUGCUGUUUUGUGUAGGUGGUCGAGGUGGGUCAGGUGACCCCUUCCGCAGUAUUGAAUGCUAUUCUAUCAACAAAAACAGUUGGUUCUUUGGACCAGAAAUGAACAGUCGAAGGCGACAUGUGGGUGUAAUCUCAGUGGAAGGUAAAGUGUAUGCAGUGGGUGGACAUGAUGGCAAUGAACACUUAGGUAGCAUGGAGAUGUUUGAUCCUCUCACUAAUAAAUGGAUGAUGAAGGCAUCAAUGAACACAAAGAGGCGAGGAAUUGCCCUGGCUUCCUUGGGAGGCCCGAUUUAUGCCAUUGGAGGGUUAGAUGACAACACUUGCUUCAAUGAUGUGGAGAGAUAUGACAUAGAAUCUGAUCAGUGGAGUACAGUGGCACCAAUGAAUACUCCCCGUGGAGGCGUUGGCUCCGUGGCUCUCGUGAACCAUGUUUAUGCAGUAGGUGGCAAUGAUGGAGUAGCUUCUCUGUCUAGUGUGGAGAGGUAUGAUCCACAUCUUGAUAAGUGGAUAGAAGUUAAAGAGAUGGGUCAGCGAAGAGCAGGCAAUGGAGUUAGUGAGCUCCAUGGUUGCUUAUACGUUGUUGGUGGUUUUGAUGAUAAUUCUCCUCUGAGUUCUGUUGAACGGUAUGACCCUCGAAGCAACAAAUGGGAUUACGUAGCAGCCCUUACCACUCCCAGGGGUGGAGUGGGGAUCGCAACAGUGAUGGGCAAAAUCUUUGCAGUUGGUGGCCAUAAUGGAAAUGCAUAUCUAAAUACAGUGGAAGCAUUUGAUCCAGUGCUGAAUAGGUGGGAGCUUGUUGGAUCUGUGUCUCACUGCAGAGCUGGAGCAGGUGUAGCUGUGUGUGCCUGUUUAACUAGCCAAAUCCGAGAUGUAGGUCACGGAUCCAGCAAUGUGGUUGACUGUAUGUGACUUGAGUUCUAGUCACCAACAGUUUAGUCUUAUCUGAUAGGCAAGAAAGACAAGGAGGAUUUUGUGAUGGCCACCUUUGAGCAGUUUUAACUAUUACUAGAGUGUCAUGUAAAUGUAAACUGUUGUAUGUGACUGAGUGCAACUUUUGGAAUGGUAGCUGAAGAAUUACUAGUAAUAAAGUUAAUAUUUCCCACUUUAACAAAUAAUGAAGUAGGGAAAGAAGACAGUCUAAGCUGAAACCUCCUCCAAAAAAAAAAUAAAAGAAACGUUUAACAGUGGAGUGCCAGAACCUUGAAAUUAACUUUUUUUUUUAAAGUGUGGAUGAAUGAAAAUGCAAAAUGAAGUCACUUACUGAGCUUUACCUUUUGCCUAAAGGCGUUAACCUUAGGCAUUGGAUUUUCCCUCUGGGGAGAUAAGAACCUGUUCAUCAACUCAGAGAUAUCAGGACUCCUAACAGACCUGCUCCAUUUGAAGAUCAUUUCUCCUUGGUGCUGAUGAAUUUAUGCCUUGCUUUCUUCUAGGUGUUGAUUUGUCAAUUCCUUGGAUAUUUACAGAAGUAGGAAAAAUGUUUCAUCUUUCUGAGUGUCCCUGGGCUGUGUUUUCAGAAGCCUAUAGGCUUAUAGGCUUCAUUUCAGUUUGAAUUGUUAGGACACCAAAAGAUCUAAAUGAACAAUUCCAUCUGAAUGAAUCUACACUUAUUUUUUCAUGUGAAAGGGGUUUUGUUUCAUAGUAAUAAAAAAUGGAAUCACAUGAGAUUAUUAGAGGAGAAGGCUUUAGAGUCAGCAUUACUCUAGUGCCCAUUUGAGAGACCUUGAUUGAAUGGGAGUGGUGUCCAUUAUGUGACUCCCUAAUGAUGCAACUCCGAGAAUGUUUAACACUCUUUGAUUUAAUUAUUUCAUUCUGAAUCUGAGAUUUAUUAUCUUUCUAUUUUGCUGUUUGCCACCAUCAUAGUUUUUCUAACUGUACAGAAUCUGGAUUUAUUUAUUAUGAGAAAAUGAAUUCAUAUCUACAAAAGCCCUUUACAGACUUUAGUUGAACUGUUGAUUAGUUCAUAUCCAUCUUUACCAAUAAAAGAUACUGUAAAAGCAAAGGAAGAUAAAACUUCUUUUCUCCUGUUAUAUUUCUCUCCAGUGUACUUACUGAAUUUUAAUUGAAAAUAUUUCUUUACAUUGCUUUGAAGGCAGGAUGUUUAUACACUUGUUGAUCUAACAGCUCUUCAUGGUUUUACCAGCAUUAUAAAGUGACUUAUUCAUUAUAUGUAUAUAUUUUUAUAAAUAUUUAUGAAGAAUAUUAAAUUAUUCUAUUUCGUA